AUGUGGGAUAUGGAUUUAGAGAGUCCACAGUUUGGGAUAAGAGGCUCAGCCAAAGAGAAAGCAAUGAAAUUCUAUCAUUCCUGCAUGGAUACUGAACGGAUAGAAUCCCAAGGAGCUCAACCAUUGAAGGAUCUCCUAAAUCAGGUUGGUGGAUGGAAUAUCACAGGUGUGGGGAAAACAAAAGAUUUUAAUGAAACUCUUCAGAUUCUCAUGGGCAGAUACAGCACCUUUCCCUUUUUCAGAGUCCAAGUGGGACCUAGUCCUUUUGAUCUCAAGACUAAUAUUAUUCAGAUUGACCAUCCUGAGUUUGAGAUGCCAUCUGAGAGUGAAUUCAAAGAGAAAAAUUAUCUUGAGGUUCUCCGUCUGUAUCUUUCAUAUUUGAAGAAACUGGGAGUCCUACUUGGAGGGACACAGGAUGGUCCCACUGAUCCCUUUUCCCGUACCUUGGCCUUCAUCUCUAACCUCCAGCGACUUGUCACCCCACUGCCAAAAAGACAGCAGAGGGGGAUGCUGUUCUUUCGCACUACCAUUAGGGAGCUACAGGAAAAUGCACCUGCUAUUGACUGGCUGUCAUGUCUCCAGGCUGUCUUCCAUCCUAUGCCAAUGAACCUCUCUCAGCCAAUUGCAGUGCAUGACAUGGAUUACUUGAAAGGCAUGUCACAGCUCAUUGAAAAGUGUCACAAGGAAAGGGUCCCUCACAUUUAUAUGAUUGUUUGUCUGGUUGGGAAUCUCUCCCCAGCCCUUGACAGUCGAUUCCAAGAUGCACGGCUGGAGCUAGAUAAGAUUCUUUAUGGAAAAAUGGGAUCUAGAAUGCUCCCAGCUGAGCGCUGGAGGAAGUGCUUGACGGAUACCACCACUUUCUUUGAGCCAGUUCUAGGGAAGAUGAUUGUGCAAGAAAUUUUCCCUCAGCAGACCAAGAAGCUUGCUGAGCAGAUGUUCUCUGAGAUCCAAGAUGCUGUCUAUGGCCGACUGGAUCAGUUGGAGUGGAUGGAUGAACAGACUCGCCAAAAUGCUAAGGUCUUGGUUUCCAAACUACAAGUGGAGAUUGGCUAUCCAGCUCACAUACUCCAGACUGCCAAAGUGAACCUGGAAUACCAGAAUCUGGAGAUAAAUGAAGACACAUUUUUCCUCAAUGUGGUGGCUUGCUUGAAAGUACUGAGGGAAAAUUUCUACCUGAAACUCCUUCAGCAUCACUCACAGAACAACUGGCACGUGUACCCCUGGAGUGUGCAUUCAUACUAUUCAAUAAGGCACCACAUGGUGGUCUUUCCUGCUGGAAUGUUCCGCAGCCCUUUUUUCCACCUGCAGUUUCCCAGCGCUGUGAACUUUGGAGCCAUUGGGGUCUUCAUGGCACAUGAAAUUCUUCACUCAUUCUAUGGUUAUGUGUUGCCUGAAGGCUGCCCUGCAUGCAACAGGAGUGCACUCCAAAAAUCUAUAGACUGCUUGGUUGAACAGUAUGAAAGUUACAGCUUUAAUGUCAGUGGUACUUUUACACUGUUGGAGAAUACAGCUGACACUGGAGGGCUUGCCAUCGCUUACCAGGCCUAUAAGAACUGGCUGAAAAAGCACAAAGAAGAGGAUUUACCUACAAUUGGACUUUCACAUGAUCAACUUUUCUACCUCAGUUUUGCUCAUGCAAUGUGUGGACAUCAGGAUCCAGAGAAACUACAGUCUUCCCUAAACACAGAUCCACAUAGUCCCCUGCCACUUCGUGUCUGUGGGCCUGUCAGCAAUAGCCAGGACUUUUCCAAGCACUUCCACUGUUCCAGUGGAUCCCAAAUGAACCCAGACAACAAAUGCCGCAUCUGGUAAUCUGGAUGGAAAAGGAGGAAGAGAGUGAUGACCCUAGGGAGAGAAAGGCCUGGCCCAUGAAAGUGUGACCAUCUUCUCAGGGCCUCCAGGGUGACAUGAUGCUCUUAUUCACUCCUGCACCUCCCUUUUCUUGUUAUCCUUUCCUCAGCAGUUGAUGGUAGGGAAAUUCUUAAACUGAGCUUGUAAGUGAAGAGCAUCUCCUCCAAGGCUCUCAGUACUCUGCCUCAGAUGUGAAAACUCUGGAGUUUAACAAGUUCCAAAGCAGCAAGGUUACUAGUCAGUCUCUAGUAAGCAGCAACUUUCUGAGGAGUUGUAAAGAGAGAGACUGUUACAUUAUUAGUCCCUCUGUUCAGCACAUUUUCCUGUCUACU